AUGGCCGAUGUCGCACCUCGAACCAUCGUGUCCCAUACUCGAGACUCAGCCGGAAACCCAGAUUCUCCGAAGACCAUGGCCGCUCCUGCUUUGACCAGCGACAAGGAGAAUCAAGUUCCCCCAACUGCAGUUGUCGCUCCCACUGCCGUCUUGACCCGCCUCUCCGUCGAUGACGCAGCCUCUCGACCUCGGUCGUCCGGCUCCAUCAACCGUGACCCCUACACUCCUACCGGGGAAAAGCGCAUCCAUCAGGUCUUCAUGGACCAGGCUCUGGAUAUGGCCCGUCUGGCUUUGAGGACGAACGAGACACCCGUUGGCUGUGUUCUCGUCCACAAGGAAGCCGUCGUGGCCAGAGGCAUGAAUGCAACAAAUGUUACUCGGAACGGUACCCGGCAUGCUGAGUUCAUGGCACUGUCUGCCCUUCUCUCCUACGGAGCGGGCAAGUCUGAGAAGCCGGCCGAUAAACAAUUCGACUCGUCGGCCGACCAGCGUUCUAAGUCUGACACUCAAGAUAACGACGACUCGGACUUGUUCCCUAUGGACGAUGACUACAUCAGAAACGGUCACCUGUACCCCUACGGUCAGAAGCUGCACCGAGAUACUCAAGUCGCCCGCUCCAUUGUCCGGGAGUGUGUUCUGUACGUUACAGUCGAACCCUGCGUCAUGUGUGCUGGCCUUCUGCGACAGCUUGGCAUCAACAAGGUCUAUUUCGGCGCUGUCAACGACAAGUUUGGCGGCACCGGUGGCGUGUUCAGCAUUCACAAGAACUCAACCAGCUCGUCCAAUCCUACCCCUGCAACAAAGCCUCUCCAGGUCUCCACUAACGCUAGCAACAUCUCCCGACCAUCUAGCUCUUCGUCGAACAAGAGCAUGCUGAUGGGCAACCGCCAAGCAACAGACCAACCCGGCGAUGGUGGCAACGUUGAGCGUGGAUUCGAAGCAGAGGGCGGAUGGGGCCGUGACGAAGCUGUCAGUCUUCUCCGGCGUUUCUACGUCCAGGAAAAUGGCCGCGCACCGGUACCGCGAAAGAAGGAAGGCAGGGCUGCGCGACUUGCUGCCAUGGAACAAGCUGGAAGCGAAGCCGUCACAACGGCACCAGCCGUAUCCACCGACGCUGAAGCUGCAAGCCCCCACGAUACUCAGGACGGCAUUGUUGAGUCUGCAAUUGGCACGAUUGCUACUCUCGGCAAUGGCGAGGAUGUCAGGGCCUGA